UUUUUGUUUCGUUCUCAGUUUCCAUUCUUUAUUUUCACAUAAAUUCAGUUAAAAAACGUAACUAUUUUCAUAACAGUGCCGAAAAUACCUACCCAACAUUUGCAAUAAAAAAACAAUCCCACAAAAAUGGAUAUCGAACGCCAAAACAAACACAAAAAAUCCCCUCGAAAACCAAAUGAAAACAAAUCCAAAACUACUACAGAAGAAAUUCGACCAAAUGUCAAAACAAAGAAGCCACCACUGCCAAUUGUUGUAAUGCAACAACAAAAACCAUCUUUGAGUCGAAAGAAUGCUGGUACAAAUUGGUCAAGUGUAUUGGCAGCAAUAAAUGCGGCCGAAGGUCCAAUAACAUUACCAGAAGCCAUAGAGGCUACACGUAAAACUGUCUCAACUUCUGGUUUACCAUCGACCCAAAACCAACCUAAAAACAAUCGCAAAAAACAACGCUACGAGAUUGUAGCAAUGGAUUGCGAAAUGGUUGGUGUUGGACCUAGCGGCAAUGAUGAUAUGCUUGCUAGGGUUUCAAUUGUCAAAAAGAGUGGCGAAGUUCUGAUGGACAAGUUUGUCAAACCAAGAGAACCUGUCACUGACUAUCGGACAAGUGUCAGUGGCAUUCGACCACGAGACAUUGAACAUGGGGAAGAGUUUGACAAAGUUCAAGCUGAGGUUAUUGUCCUGCUUCAGGGCAAGAUCCUUGUUGGCCAUGGCAUUUAUAAUGACUUGGCUGUUCUUCAUAUUAAACAUCCCGCCUCAAAUAUCAGAGACACGGCGAGAUACAAGCCUCUUGCUCGUCUUGUAUCAAAUGGCCGUACUCCGAGUUUGAAAAGACUUAGCGAGGCUAUUCUCGGCAAAGAGAUUCAAACUGGAGAACACAACUCCGUGGAAGAUGCUCGGGCAGCAAUGAGCAUAUACAAUCGCCUUAGCAUCGAUUGGGAAAAGUACAUCGAGAAGAAGAAACGAAGCCACAAAUGAAAAUAACUUUCCU